AAAAUAGACCCAGAUGCUGAUACAAAUACACAGAAGUACUGAACCAAAGAAGAAAGAAGUUGGACCCCAUGAAUCCUCGCACCCUUUUCCCACCUCCCCCUCCUCCAUCCUUCACCUUUCUUCCUCCCCCCCCAAACCCUAACCCUAACCCUAACCCUAACCCUAACCCAAAUCCUACCCAUUUCUUCUUCCACGCUAAUCUCAACCACCAACACCAUCAUUCCUCUUCCCCCAACCCCAUCACUCCACCACCACCACCACCUCCUCCGCCUGACCUCCCCACCACUCUCAAAACCCUAAAAAACCUCAUCCACCAAUCCCAAUCCACCCUCCACUCUCUCUCAUCUCUCCUCCCCACAGCCCCCUCCCCCUCCCUCUCCCCCUGCCCCUUCAACCCCCACCACCGCCUCCCGCCGCACUCCCUCUUCCGCCACACCCUCCUCUGCCCUUCCCCACUCCUCCCCGACCUCGGCCUUGAAUCGCUUCGAUACCCCACCACCCUCCAAUCUUCAAUCAAACACAACAGCUUCCUCCAAACCCUAGACCACGACCCCAGCUCGGACCUCUGCUUCUCCCUCGACGAGUACUGCGAUUUCGGCCCCAGUUUCUUCUACACCGAUUGCCCCGGCGUCGUGACCAGUCAUGAUACCACUGGUCGUACCUUCACACUUCCAGGUAUUCUAUCUGCCGAGUGUGCAAAUUAUAUUGGCAGUGGUGAGAGUGUUAAGGGAUUUGAUAGGGAUUGUGCUAGUAGUCUUAGGUUACUUCCUUCGGAAUUGUGGCUUGUUAGGAGCGAAAUCGAGGCGUGGAGCGAUUAUCCAGUUAUGUAUUCGUAUUAUGUUGUUAGGGCGAUUGUUUUGCGCUCUCUUGUAAGCGAAGAGUGUGGUUUCAUGAGGUGGGUGAUUGUGAAUUCGCCUCGUUAUGGAGUUGUUAUCGAUGCGCCCAUGAGGGACCACAUUGUUUUGCUUUUUCAGCUCUGUUUGAAAGCGAUUGUAAGGGAGGCUACUGGUGUAGUAAACUUGGUUUUGAGAAGAGACGCGAUGGAGUCGAAUCCCGUUGGUACGAGUUUCAAGUGUCCUGUUUUGGUUGAUGUGCUCAAGUGGUUGUCCUUUCAGCUUUCUGUGUUGUAUGGUGAGGUGAACGGGAAGUUUUUUUCUGUUAACAUGCUUAAGCAGUGGAUAUUAAGUGCUUCACUGAAUUUGCCAUUGUUUCCAUUGGAACAAAAAACCCCUGGCUCACCUGCUUUGAGAGACACGGACAGUGAAUCUGGAGAUUCCUUUGAAAAGAGUGUGGAGGAUGAUGGAAACAGUAUGCCGGGUGAAUCCAUUGAUAGCAAAGUGAUUUUUGUUUUCCAAGUAGCAGCAGCAGUGGCUGCAUUGCAUGAACGGUCCUUGCUUGAACAAAAAAUUAAGGCGCUACGGGGUGGUCAUCGACUUACUAAUUACCAGCGGAUGGCUGAGCAUGCAAAUUUCUCAAAAUGGGCUGAUGAGGAGCGGCAAAAACGUUCUAACUAUAGGCCUUUACUUGACCAUGAUGGUCUUUCUUGGCAGCAGCCUCGUAACCAGGAUAUGAAUAAAACAAAGACUAGGGAGGAGUUAUUAGCUGAAGAAAGGGAUUACAAACGUCGAAGAACGUCAUAUCGUGGCAAGAAGUUAAAGCGGUCUACAACACAGGUGAUGAGAGAUAUAAUAGAGAAAUACGUGGAUGACAUCACACAAGCAGGAGGCAUUGGCUGCUUAGUGAAGGGUGCUGAUGAGGCCGGAAAGUCCAUAACCGAACCUCCUCUGUUGCAUGACAUCUCUACAGAUGCGGAUGGGCGAAGUAAUAGUGUUUAUUACUCGUCUGAAAUAACAAGAGAAGGGCCUUAUAGCUACAAAGAACAGUUACAUUCUCCUAGUAAUACCAGAUCUUCAAGAUUUGAAAAUGAGUCUCCUCAAGAUCACAAGCGACGUAGACGAGAUUCUAGUUACCCUGAGCAUCUAGAAGCUCGGAGAAGUGUUGACAGGAACAGUCGUUAUAGUAGCGAUUAUAUUUCUAAAACCCCAGAUAGGCAAAGAAGUAAUGACCGCUCGCAUGACCACCAUAGCAAUCGUGGGUAUGGGGAUAGCUACAGUCGGUCACGUGAGCGGACUGAUCGUCGAAGGGAAGAAGGUGAUAGGUAUUCAGAAAAGAAAGAAAGACACCAAAGGCAUGCAUACAGGGAUCGCAGAUCAGACUCUGUUGCAUCUAAUGAGUUUGAGGACAGAUAUGAUCCCUCUGAAUCUCGUAACAUGCAUGAGGAUGAUAUCUCCUUUGGCACAGGUACCAGUCAAAAGUGAUGUUUGGAAGUCCAAUAAUGACAUGGUUGCUUUUUCUCCACAGCAGUGUUAUUUUGAUUUCCAAAUGAAACCCUGAGUGGUUCUCUCCAUGCGUGGUAAGUCAUCUCACUCAUGCAUGAGUAAUAGUUUAUCAGGGCCAAUUAGGAAAAGAUCAAAAGAUACACUAAUACAUGAAGCUUGUUCUUGGCUGUGUGUUUGCAAAACUUUGCAGUAGGAAAUCAUGCGGCUUCAGCAGUUUAUCCACAUGUGUAUCCUCCUUUGUAUCCUUAGUUGUUGUCUAUUUGCUUCUUUUCAUUUGGUAGUUCUUGAUUUCUUUAUAAAUUCCCCCCUUCUAAUGGAUCAUAAUUUACAAGUCUAUUAUUUCCUGAUUUCCCCCCAUCUUUCUUACAGGACUUGAAACUUGUCCCAAAUAUUAGCUGAAGAGUGUCCUCAUGCUCCUAAGCCUAAACCAAAUUGUUUACUUUAAUUUAAAUAGAAUGCGAUUUACUUUACCCGAAUGCAUAUUUAAUAUCUUUGUCCCAAGUACGAUAUCAUGGUCAUGGACAUGGUGGACACAUUCAGCUCUAGCUGAGGAGUAUUUUUAGGUGCUGAGGUAUCCAACAUUGGUAUGGUGCAGUAUAUGUUUAGUAUCCAGAGCCCUUGUCCCUUUUUUUGUGGCGUGUACUUACAAAGGUGUCUUUGCUAAGUACUUAUGGAUGGGGAGUCUAGCUGUUACACUGUCUUUUGGAAAGGAAUUUAGUGCUCAUGUUGUGCCCAACGUAUCUGUGAUAUAUUUUGUACUCUCACUCGAAACAAGGAACCCCAGGUUUAUUCCUUUUAAAAGGAUUUUUGUAUAGAUUAAACAGAAAGGAAUGGGAAUUGUCCAGCGUGCCUAAUGUUGCUUUAAAUUGCAAGUACAUUGUGUUAGUGGCCUCUAGUAUUCCAGAGCUUUGGAAAUGUCAGGUUGGAGUCGGGCUUAACUCUUGGUAGUAUUCACCUAAUGUGGAGUUGAGUUUUGUUCACCCUCCACUUAAGAGGGUGAACAUUACCCUCCUACCCUCCUUCCUAUUUGUUGAAAGGGUGUGGAUCACAUCACAAAAUGAUGUCAUGCUUAUCAAAAAGUGUAUUGCAAGGAUGGGACCUACACUAUUUCAACCAAAAAGGAGGGUAAUGUUCACCCUCUUUUAAGGACCUCUUUUAAGGAGGGUGAACAAAAUUGCACUUCCAUUAGUAAGAUAGUUUACCACCUAUAUUAGUUAGUUUCCACUUUCCAGUGAGCAUAUGCCAUCAGCACUCUCUCUCUCUCUCUCUCUCUCUCUCUCUCUCAAUUAUGUUGUAUAUACACAUGUUGCUUGUUUUCCGUUUUACCCAAUAUUUCAUACAAACUAUGGUAAUAGGUAGGUCGUAGGUCGGUAAAAGUUAAACAGGGCCUUAUUGAUGCCGAAUCUUGGUUGUUGCUGUAGUUGCUGAUGUUAAAACAGGUUAUAGGAAAGCCAAAUUGGUUGAUAGGCCUGAGUUCUUGAGGUGCUGUUAUUGUCAAUCUUCCAUCUCUGCUCAGCUCCUGUAAUACCGUCAUAGGUUAUUGCUAUCUUCUUCAGGUGCUUUACUACUAAAGCUCUGGUGUGUAGACCUCUGCUGUUGCUGUUUUUCUGAUGGUGGGUGCAGUACCGGGGUUUUCAGUGUUUAAGUUUGGCACUCUCAGUGUGUUAUUGAUGACUUUUGCUGCGUUCUCUCUUUGCCUGCUGCUUUGGAUUUUUGAAGAAACUAGAAAGUAGAAGAUAUCAAGAUUUUUAUUUCUGUAGAAAGUAGCUUUCUUGUUAUUGAAGAAGCUGAGCUGAACUUGAACGCUUGUAAAAAUAUUGCAUAGAAUCUAAAUUUGAGUUUGGUGUUGGUCAA